GAUAAUCUGAGGCGAGCUGGAAUGAUCGCAGCCCUCGAAGCUACUACCAUAUCCGAGUUACACAGAGGCAUCUUUGACCAAUUGUGUCUGCUACGGAGACUGUCGAGGUUUCACAUACUUGUCGGCUACCGAUAUGCAAGUUCAAAGGUCUGGAGGAGAGGCGAGAUUCCGCUCUGGUUAAUGAUAGUGAUUGAGUGACGCAAUAUAUCAAGGUGCCUGCAGCGACGGGCCCCAUACGUUGGCAGCCCAGGUACGCAAUGCGCUGGGCCUAUAGCUAACGAGAAUUGCGAGAAGACAGCGGUAGGAUUACGGAAAGUCUAAGGGAUGAAAAGGGUCCAGU